CACAAGGGUGAAGAAAAGAGAAUGGUUAAAGGCGCAGCCCCAGCAGACAGAUCGCCCUCAUCCCUGGACGUGUGGAAUACUUUUGUCACUUUGUCAAGGGUGCCGCUUGAUCAAGCUGCACGCUAGCAUCAGCCGCAGAACUGCUACGGUGUGAUGAUGUCCCAUCUCGAGCGGCAUGUCCCAGAGCCUCGCGAAUGAAAAAGAAGAGCAGCAUGGCAAGGAUCCGCUCCGGUGCAGCACCCAAUCUACCACCCAUCGUCACGGGGGCUGUCCAAGCCUUUCUGGUGCCCUCAGGGGACACGGGGACUUGGUCGGGUAUAUUUCCGCGUCGGUUGCAUUGUGCAUACGGCUCCCUUUCUUUUGCAAAUCAAAUCCAUAUCUGGACACGUCCGUAUGGCGAUAUAGACAAGCAGUGCUUUUCGUAUGCCUGGUUUACAAAACCUUUUGCCGUCUGGAUCAUGCCUAGGAUGUGCCGGAAAUUCAAUACACUCCGGUCCGUCCAUUUUGGCAAGGUUCUGCCAGCCACAAUGACAUGGGUAGGGAGAUGGAAAUCAGGCCGAUCAAGGACGAAGUAACACAAGCAGUAGUAAUACCCGUGUUGCCUUGUUAACUUUGUUGCAGGCAGUUAUUCAUUGGCAAAAAAGAAAAGAGAAGAGCAAACAAAGGGACGGGCUGUGCGAGCCGUGCCGCUGCAACUACAUGUAACAUGUACAAGCGAGUG